AAUUAAUCCACACUUCUUCCACACACACACACUCUCUCUCUCUUGAUUGAUUGUGUUUGUGUUAGUGUUUUUGUGUAUAUCAUCAAACAUGUCAUCAGCUGUGGUUGCUGCAGGUGCCUCCUCAUCUUGCUCUGCUGCUUUUACAAGGAAUCAUUCCAUCAAAACUACUACUCCUCCUCUUCCUACUCCUCACUCCCAGAGAACCUCCUUUCAAGGGCUUUCUAUUCAAGAUGCCAAAAAGGGUCUCUUCAAUUCCUUCAUAGCUAACAAGAGCAAGAGCAGCUUCAACAUUACAAGAAGAGGUCUUGAGAUCACAGCAAGAACCGCCAGGGCUCCUAAAAACAUUGAGGCUGAAGUUGACAAACCACUAGGCCUCACUUUGGGUCAAAAACCUGGUGGUGGUGUCACCAUCACUGCAGUAGAGGGUGGUGGGAAUGCUGCAAAAGCAGGGCUUAAGGCUGGGGACCAAGUACUCUACACUAGCAGCUUCUUUGGAGAUGAGCUUUGGCCUGCUGAUAAGCUCGGAUUUACCAAAACUGCCAUCCAAGCUAAGCCUGAUUCUGUCUACUUUGUUGUUUCCAGAGGCGCUGAUGUAGAUGUUAAAAGACUACCAAAGCGCCCAGCUCCUCCUCGUUUUGGGCGGAAGUUAACUGAAUCUCAAAAGGCCCGAGCAACGCACAUAUGUCUUGAUUGCGGAUUCAUAUACACCUUACAAAAGCCUUUUGAGGAGCAGCCGGAUGACUAUGUAUGCCCACAAUGCAGAGCACCAAAGAAGAGGUUCGCAGGGUAUGACGUGAACACUGGAAAGGCAAUUGGCGGGGGACUACCUCCGAUUGGGGUUGUUAUUGGGCUCGUGGCAGGUGUUGGUGCUGUUGGAGCACUACUUGUUUAUGGUCUUCAAUGAAACACUUCCCAAAUGGUGGUCUUCAACAUAUUUUGUUCCAUUAGUGAUUUUUUUUUUUAAACCCUUAAAUUUAGAGUUUUCAAGUGCUAUGCAAUUACAGCGUGAAUAUGGACUUAUAGAGGCAUUUGGAAGCAACUUCAUGUAACACUGGUAAUGUUCAAUAGAUUUGUAUGGACGGCCAUUCUGAGCAUAUUUACAACUUUGAGGGGUCAUGUAUUGUUUGAACAAUGUGAGCUUGAAAAGCAAUUUAUAAUUUACACAUCCUUUUGGAAGAGGAAAGGAAACA